UUUCAAAAUGAAUGUUCUAAAUUAAGGUUCAUAUAUUCAUGUUGUUUACCUGUUUAAUAUAAAACAGUGAUGGGUUCUGAACUAAAUCUAACUUAUAUAACUCUUGGUGGUCAUGUGGAAUUACACAAAUACAGAUAUCUUUAUUUUAUGAUCAUGUUUACAGUUUAUAUUCUAAUAAUCUGCUGUAAUUCUACUAUUGUUUGUCUGAUCUGCGUUCAUAAAAACCUCCAUGAACCAAUGUACAUUUUUAUUGCAGCUCUGUUGAUGAACUCAGUUCUUUUCAGUACUGGUUUCUACCCAAAGCUUUUAAUUGAUGUUUUAUCUGAAAAACAGAUUAUUUCAUAUGCAGGCUGUUUGUUUCAGGGUUUUCUCUUUUACUCUUUAGGAUGUUCUGAGUUUUUACUCUUAGCAGCCAUGUCUUAUGACAGGUAUGUGUCUAUAUGUAAACCUCUGCAGUAUCACACCAUCAUGACAAAAACUAACGUCAUUAUCGCUCUGGUUACAGCUUGGCUUUUCUCAGCUUGUCACGUUCUGAUCGGAGUCGCACUGAUUGCCAACAGGAAGCUUUGUGAUUUUAAUUUGAAAGGAAUUUUUUGUAAUAAUUCAGUGCAAAAACUUCAGUGUGUGAGAUCAGAAGUAGUAGCUGUAUACGGUGUUGUGAUUUUGAUCAAUGUUGAAAUUUUACCUGUCCUCUUCAUACUUUUUACAUACACAAAGAUACUUAUAAUUUGUUCCCAAAGUAGUGCAGAUGUGAGGAAAAAAGCUGCAGAGACCUGUUUACCUCACCUGCUGGUGUUAAUCAGCUUUUCAGCUAUGAUUAUAACUGAUGUCAUUAUGGUUCGACUGGAAUCUAAUAUUCCAAAAAUUGUUCAUUUCAUAAUUUCUUUACAAGCUAUUGUCUGUCAUCCUGUGUUUAAUCCACUGAUAUAUGGACUAAAAAUGAAAGAAAUAUCAAAACACCUCAAGAUUUUAUUCUUUCAAGUAAAAAGAAAGUAA